UGUUGCUCUAAGUCUCGGCCCUGCAGUAUCGAACGUACAUAGCAGCUCGUACGCUUCCUGGCAUGGGUCGAUUUUCGGAGCCAAAAUUUUAAAGAUUGGCGACGUCAGCCCAUUCUUUGCGCUGCGACUUCGCACAACUUUCGCUACCUACCUCACGUCCUCAAUUUAUCUACAACAAAAGCCCUCCCACUUCGCACAGCUUCUGGAAAUUAAACCAAUUGCGCUGGCCAUUAUGAAGAGAAAAGCGGAAGCAGCUGUUGGAACCUCCAAGACCGACAAGAAAAAGUCCAAGCCUUCCUUGAGCGCAGAGGAAGCUCAGAAGCGGUUUCGUGCUGGUCUUUUCGACAAGAAGGUCCUCAAUUCGUAUACGGAUCAAUAUGCUCAGUCAGAACCUUACAAGCAUGCCGUCAUCAACGGCCUUGUUGACGAUUCCCUUCUUCGAUCGGUUCGCAGCGAGAUCAAGGCCAACGUCGAGUUCACCCCCAAGGAGACCGAUAUCUACAAGAUCCACCAGUCAGGCGACCUGGCCAACCUCGACGGUCUAGACGACGAGUCUCUAGCUAAGCUGCCUUCGCUGCUCAAGCUGCGCGAUGCUAUAUACUCCGAAGCCUUCCGCAACUAUGUCUCUCACAUUACCAAUUGCGGUCCGUUGAGCGGUCGCAAGACUGACAUGGCUAUCAACAUCUACACUCCUGGCUGCUACCUCCUUUGCCAUGACGACGUCAUUGGCAGCCGGCGCGUUAGCUAUAUCCUCUACCUCGUUGACCCCGACACGCCCUGGAAGCCCGAAUGGGGUGGCGCGCUCCGUCUGUUCCCCGUACAGGAGCUCAAGGACAAGGAGGGCGAGAUCGCAAAGACACCGCUUCCUGACGUUACAAAGAUCAUUCCACCUGCGUGGAACCAGCUGAGCUUCUUCGCUGUCCAGCCUGGAGAGAGUUUCCACGACGUUGAGGAGGUCUAUCGCGCCGAAACCAAGGAGCAGCUAGAGAGGGACGGUGGCCGCAUUCGUAUGGCUAUCAGUGGAUGGUUCCAUAUUCCCCAGAUUGGAGAGGAGGGCUACAUCAAGGGAGAAGAGGAGAGAAACGCCAAGAACAGCGGCUUAAUGCAACUUCAGGGCAAUCCUGCUCAGUACGAUAUGCCUCAGCCUCAGGUUAUGAAGGUUGACAAGGCCAGCCAGGAGGGCUUCGACGAAGCUGAUCUUGAGUUUCUGCUCAAGUACAUCUCGCCUGCAUACCUAGUUCCUGAUGCCUUGGAAGAGAUCUCCGAGACCUUCAACGAGAUGUUUGAAAUCACCUUGCCAGAUAUUUUGGGCAAGAAGUUUGCCCAGCGCCUCAGGGACUACGUUGAGGCUGAGGAGAAGAAACCCGCACAAGAUACUGCUACGAUAGAAAAGACGGCUUCAUGGCGUGUAGCCAAGCCUCCACACAAGGCGCGAUAUCUCUACCAACAACCCAGCGGACCUGAUCAGCUUCGCACCUCACAGGAGGAAUCUCCCAUCACUGAACUUCUCGACAUCUUUCUGCCCAGCCGUCAGUUCCGCCAAUGGCUCCAGAUGGCCACCAAAACCACCAUCGAAAGUGCCGAUCUCCUCGCGCGUCGUUUCCGCCGCGGUCUCGACUACACUCUCGCCACUGGCCACGAGGGCAAGGCGCGCGUAGAGAUUAACCUCGGAUUCACACCUACAUCUGGCUGGGGCGAUGAUGAGGAAGAGGACCCCGAGGAAGAAGCUGAAAACCAGAACGGCGAGGAUGUAAAGAGUAAAGGCAAAGGCACAGCCAAGGCUGUCGAGAAAAAGAAGAAGGUGGAGGAGGAAACACCUGAAGUCGGCGGCCAAGAAAUCUUCAUGUCUGGUGAUGAUGAUGCCGAUGAAGAUGCAGCUGUAUAUAAGACAGGCGAUGACGACGACAACAUUCUCUUCUUCCAAGCUGCGUCAUGGAAUAAGAUGACUAUUGUUAUGCGCGAUAGCGGCGCUCUUAAGUUCGUCAAAUACGUCAGCAAGAGCGCCAAGGGUGACCGAUGGGAUAUCUCUGGUGCCUUUGAGAUCGAGGAGGAGGACGAUGAUGAAGACGCUGGCGAAGGAGCUGCGCCAGACGAUGACGAGGAGGAGGAGUUCCAAGGCUUUUCACCUGAUGCAGCUGAGAGCGACUCUGAAUAAGAGCGAUAUGAAAAUAGAGAUUGAUACUUGCAUUUUAUUGCAACAAUAGAUACCAGGACAAAAAAGCAUGGCAAUGAUUGAAAGUCUGUUUGAUAAUGAUUUUUUUUUAAAUAGCCUUAUUGAUGCAAAUUGACACGCUUUCGCGUGAUAGUCUGUAUGAAACUCCAUCGUGGUAUCAUUAUAACCAACUCCCUAUGUACCGCUGUGAUUCCGUUAUAUGUGCAUGAUAAAUAUUGAAUGUCCCAAAAACCUGAUCCAUACUUGCCUUUACUCUUUCGCUCCUCACGACCCGAGAGCGGGUUCGGAUUUGUGGUUGAAAAGGCUAGCCACUUCUGCCUGCAAUAGCUCCGUAACUCCCUGCGCUUCUUGAGUUCUUCCAGAUUGGGUCAAGUGGUUGACUGUGUCGUGGCCUAAGAAGGCGAGCCAUGAUACGGUGCUUAGCUUAUCUGGCUUCGACUUCUUGGGCUCAACAGUAUUAACUAGCUUUCGUAGUCUUUGCUUGUCUUGGAAGAAGUUCAGAGCAGGAAGGUGAUCGGGAUGUGUGGGGUGGUAAAGGUGCAAAUGAGCACGUUCCAGAAGAAAAGGUUGUGGCAGACGAUCGGCCGUGGCAAUAUGAGCAUCAAAGAGUUCUUCAGAUGGAGCUGGUCGACUGUAGGACUCGACGGUCGAGAGCCAUGAAACUGACCUCCAUGACGAGACUAGAAGAUCCGAUAGUAGCGGGCUGGUCCGGAAAAGUUGCUGUGCUUGCAACAUGGUAGAGAUGCCUGAAUCAAGGUUGCCAUAUUGAGGCUGACACUUUGUCUUGACGAGUUCUCCGAGUAAGUUGGAUGCUCUCCUGAGACGCUUUUCAUUUGACAGGUCUCCAGAGGUGUUGUUGAUUGUCCGCACAAGCCAUUCCCAAGCAAUCUCCUCCAUGCCUUCUGCCACCAGGAACGGAGACAACGCUCUGAUAAAAGUAUAAUUGUCCAUAAAUCGUAGAUCCUGCUCAGCACCACAAGCUCGUAGCCAUCUUAUGAUACGCCCUGACAUACCCGAUGUAGCGAGACUCCCAAGGCCUGGCUCAUUCGCUUGCAGUUGCUUUGCUUUGGCGACCAUCACACCGAUGGCGGCCUUGGGUGUCAUCAAUCCUCGAGCUACAGCAUGGUCGAAAACCUCUAUAGGAUCACGCGUUGGUGCAACCAAAGAAGGGGAUGCUAGGCUUGAAGGGAACGUCGAUGUGACAUCUUUGUUGUAGCUGAACAGCGGGUUCGACAGGAUAUCUUUCAAAUGGCGGUUUGUAGCAGAUAGUCGGGCAGGAUCAACAUCUACAGGUUUCGCGGCAGCCGGUGAUAGACUAUUGGGGCUCUCUCCAUAUUCGCGAUCGAGCUGUUUUCGAAAGGAAGUCUUGAGACCGUCAAGAAGCUUUUGAGAUUGCUGUUUCGACAAGGGUAGGGGUUCGUGAUAGGAUGCGAACAGAUUCUUGAGUGACUGAACCGACUUUGUUGUGAACAUGGCGGGCUAGAGAGAGUGAGUCUGGUAGGCGGUUGUAUUACUGGCAAACCCUACCCUCGAGAACGCCAGAGGGAUGUAGGGAUGCAACGAGUCGUCGGGAAGGCAGUGUGAAGUGGGGUUGGUGUUGAUGGGUUUCGGUCAUGCGUUCUGAAGUUGAAUCUAGCAUGAUGCCAUCGUCG